GCCAUUGUCUGUUGGCCACAGAAAGAGUUGGAUGAGUGGGACUGCUUUCUUUUGGCAAUAAAGACCAUACUUUUUUUCACAGGUUUCUUUUUCCUCUAAUAGUGUCAGUAUCAGCAGUCGGAGGAAGAAAUCAAAACUGUGGAGUUCCAUUCUCAAGAUGAUCCCUCACAUGGCACUGUGCAAACUCUUUCCUCUGCUUCUAGUCGGGGUUGUGGUGUUUGCUGUGAGUGGGAUCUUUGGAGACCCCCUGUUUGAGUGCCUCCAAGACACUGACUACAGCGAGCUUCUCGACAUUGUGGAUAAAGGUCUUCCGGCCACCAAGACACCUCGUCAUGUAGCAAUCAUCGGCGGGGGCAUCGCUGGACUGACCGCUGCAAAGUUUUUAGAAGAUGCCGGACAUAAGGUGACCAUAAUAGAAGCCAGUAACCGUAUUGGAGGACGUGUGGAGACCUUCAGGAACAAUAGAGAAGGCUGGUAUGCAGAAGUGGGUGCCAUGAGGAUCCCUAGCUUUCAUAAAAUUCUGCUUUCUCUUGCCUCAAAAUUACAAAUUUCCCUAAACCACUUCAUCCAAGAUGACAUCAACACCUACUAUUUGGUAAAUGGAGUGCUACAGAGAACCUAUGCCGUGGAAAACAACCCUGGUGUGCUCAACUACAACUUAAAUGAAAGGGAGAGGGGGAAGUCUGCGGCUCAACUCUUCAGUCAGACACUCUGGAAGGUGAAGGAUGACCUGAAGGCAAUGGGCUGCAGUGCCAUGCUGGAUAAAUAUGAUGCAUACACAGUGAAGGAAUAUCUGGUGAAGGAGGGCAACCUGAGUCGUGGUGCCUUGAGGAUGAUCGGGGACAUCCUGAAUGAAAACAGCCUCUUCUACACAUCACUGAUAGAGAUGCUGUACAUACAGUCCGACAUCAAUGACAACACUGAGUACUACGAAGUGACAGAUGGUUUUGACCACCUCCCAAAGGCUUUCUAUCAGGUGUUAAAUGCCACGAUCCUCCUCAACUCCAAGGUUAAGCUAAUCGAUCAAACAGACGGCACCAACGUGACAGUAAAAUACCAGGACUGGCGUAAUCCAGGCGCCCUGACCAACCUAACAGUGGACUACGCCCUGGUGACGGCCACAGCCAAGGCCGCCGUCUUCAUUGACUUCCAGCCCCCUCUCUCUGGGAACAAGAUGGAGGCCCUGCGUUCGGUUCAUUAUGCCAGCUCCACCAAGGUGGUACUCAGCUUCAGGGAGCGCUUCUGGGAGAAAGAGGGUAUCCGAGGAGGGAAGAGCAUCACAGACCGACCGUCUCGCUUCAUCUACUACCCCAGUCACAGCUUCCACGGUACAGCUGCGGGGGCCAUCCUGGCGUCCUACACCUGCUCUGACGAUUCCACCCUCUUCCAAGGGAUGAGCGAGGAGGAGCUGAUGGCCGUGGUCCUGGAGGACUUGGUGAAGAUCCACGGAGAGGACAUCAGGCCUCAGUGGACAGGGGGGCUGGUGAAGAAGUGGGGCUUGGAUCCUUACAGUCUGGGAGCCUUCGCCCUGUUUACACCCUACCAGCAGGAACACUACGCCAGAGACCUGUUCCAGAGUGAAGGACGGGUGCACUUUGCAGGAGAACACACAGCCUUGCCCCAUGGGUGGAUUGAAACUGCCAUAAAAUCUGCACUCAGGGCAGCUAAAAAUAUUAACAGCCUUACAGUUUAGUUGUAUGUGCAAUUAUUUUGUUGUGUUCCUCCAUAUAUAUAUAUAUAUAGAGCGCUGCAUAGCCAGGGUAUUUAUUAAAUAUUUACUUGUACUUUAACUACUUCACAUUUUUAUUAACUUGUACUGCCACUUUUAAUAUCCUAUCCAGGUCUCUUUCAUGAUUUUAUUGUCUCUUUGGCUGCUUUGCAUGUAUCAAGAAAAUGGCUAUAAUCAGUGUUGCUUGGCUGUGAUUUGUUGCUUGCUUGCAUGGCUACGUGUAGGCUACUGAAUGUGGAUACUGGAUGAUGUACUAAUGUCUUGCUGCUUCCUCUUGCUCGGCAUGGCUUCUUGAGAAUACUUAUUUUGUUGCUGUUGAUAUCUUUAUCGUGUCUUGUUGUCUUUUAACCCGUGCUGAUGUCUUGCUGUUUCCUGGUGCUCUGGUCUCAAAACAUUUCGCCAAAGGACUACAGUUAAAAAUUAGCCUGCAGGCUAACAAUACUACUUUUACAGAAACGUUGAUUAAUGUGUGUUAUCGUUAUAGCUAAAAUUAAUGAAAUGAAUACUGGUGUAUCAGUGCCCCUCUUAUAUGAUGUAUAUUUUUGUUUUAUGUGCAUAUUUAUUGAUUCAGUUAGGUUUUCGGUAUUUCUUUUGAUCAUAAGUACAGGACUUGUCUAUUUACUCCAUAAACUGACAUUCUGAUCAGACCACACAAAGAUUAGCAUAAAUAUAAAAUGAAUUAUUAUCACCAUGUCUGUCACUUGCAGGCCUUUACUGUUUCAGGAUAUUCUGUGAUUGUAAAACUGAAUUACAACUGGAAUUUAACAAUUAUUUUCAGCACUGAUAAAUCUGCUGAUUGCUUUCCCGAUUAAACAAUUCCAUGUUUGUCAACGAAUGUCAGAAAAUAGUGAAAAAUGCGGAUUUUUGCAGAGUCCAAGGUGAAAUGCAAGUUGCUUGUUUUCUCGAACCAAGAGUCCAAAAUACCCAAAUAUCAAUACAUUUUUAUUUGUCAAAUGAAAUCAUAGGAGGUACGAUUCCAGUGAAAUGUAAUCCCAGUGGGGAUUUUCACUACACUAACAUUUAAGACAAUGAAAAGCAGCAAAUCCUCACAUUGGAAAGCUGGAACCUUCAAACGUUUGGCAUUUUUGCUUGAAAAGCGACUCAAAUGAUUAGUUAUCAAUUAAUUGUCUAAUCAAUUCAACUCUACACUACACUGAAUAUGAAUGGUACAUUUCUGUAUGUUUUAUUCCAUUACAGCUAUUUUAUAUUUCAGUUACUUCAUUUUAGUUUUAGGUUGAACAAGAAAGUAAAAAUAUUUGAAUAAUGUACUUUCUCUUAAUUGUCAGAUGUUUGGAACUAAAAGCUUGUGUAAAAAAAGAGAAAAUAUGUAAAUAUCUAUGAUAAAACAAGUUUUCUUACAUAUUGACAAGACUUCCAUUUUGUAGAUUUGUUUUUCUCCCAGGAACCCAUAUGGAAAGACUAUUGUUGUAUCAGUACUGACUUUUUCUUAUACUGGACUUCAAAUAUAAACCACACACACACUCACACACACGUUUCUACCUGUUCUGAGUAGCCAUCUCUUUGACACAAUUGUUCUGAUGUUAAUAUUUGAUAUUGAUUCUUUGCAAUAAAUCUCAUAAAGCGAA